GUUUGCGCUUAUCCAUAUACACACACACAAUAGCACCCCCUCUCGCUCAGUUUUUUCAUUUGCGCUUGCUCGCAAUGUGUUGCUUGCGCUCACAACAUUCUCUGCUGCGAGCGCUCAACUCUCUGUACACCGUUAUAAGUGUGCCACAAAACCAACCAAUCACAGACUUGGUUUCAAAAAUUCUGAUUGGCUCUUACGGUCUCCAAUCAGCUCGCUAGCUGCUGCAUUCCGGACACCGGAAACACUGUCCACUCAGCCUCGCUUCUUGCAGAUAGAGGGAGUUUUGAUUUACUCUGCAGCCAAAGAAGAGAUGGCAGAAUCAAAUAAUGGCUCCAAUAAUACUACACCACAGUAUCAGGGUAAUGGUGCAGUUGAGUCAGCAGUAAGAAAUCUGGUGUCUUUGCUGCUUAACAACAUAUCCACAAAUCCUUCAGGGAGGCCAACAGAGAGUGGGCAGCCGGAGCCUAGAACUCUGACUAUCCAGCAAGAGAUGACAAGAUCAUUUCCAGGACAUUUCAAAUCAAACUUGAGCCGUGGUAAAAAGAGAUGUUUAACAUCUACUAAACAGCUUGUCAAGGCAGGCAGUAAGACCACAGGCCUCAGUUUUUAUUUGCUGUCAAAAAACACAUCCUACACUCCUUUGCCAGCUGAGGAGCUUGAACUCCUACAAGCUGGCAUGGGGAGACAAACCGUGUCUCUUCCAGAAGAUGGUGACCAUGCAGAGAUUUCAAGACUUCUGGAAGAAACCUUUCCAAAAAUGGAAUAUCUUUGUGGAGGAUGGCUCUUGCAUAAGGCAACAGGUGGGAGUGGUCGACGAAAGCUCACUGUAAUUCCACCUGAAACAGAAGGAUAUUCUGUCAAAACACUGAAAGCUGUGUCAGGAGGUGGCAAAUCCACUUUUUACAUUGUACCUCUUCAGGAAACAUUAGACACAUCUCCUCUACCUCCCGACUCACAGCACUUUUCAAAGAUGCCAAAGAAGUUAUGUUACCAGUGUAAUGAAGUUAUGCCUCUGCAGAUGCUUGCAGUACACAUCAAUACGUGCAAAGGAAAAUUCUCUCCUGAUGAGACUGAUGAUGAGGAAUCUGAGUUAUGCAUUGUGAAAAGCAAAUGCAAGGUUAUUUGUCCAAUAUGCACUAAGGACUUUCCUGAAGAUGAGAUCACAGUCCACGCAAGUCUGUGUGGGGAUAGCUUUCAAUGCAUGGUGCCUGAAGAAAAUGACCAAACUACAUGCACACCAACUCAAACUUCAGUAUGCACAACAGACAGCGUGGAAGAUGUAUUGCGUUGCCUUGAACAACAAGUCGACACCACAACAGAAUUUAAGUUGUGUGUGGACAGAGAAGACCUUCCAGACAGAGGCAUUCUCCAGUGGCAGAGAAAAAAAUCUGCAUCUCCCACCAGUGUUCUUAGGGUGGUUUUCAUUGGAGAGGCAGGCGUGGAUACAGGAGCACUUAGGAAAGAGUUUUUGAGUGACAUGAUUUCAGGUAUUGAAAGCAGAUUCUUUGAAGGACCUGAGAACAAGGGCAAAAACCCCAAGUAUUCUCUGACCGAUCUUGAUAAUGAAAACUUCAGAACUGUUGGUGAAAUAAUUGCAGUCAGCCUCGCCCAAGGAGGCCCAUCUCCUGCCUUUUUCAAAGAAUGGUGCUACAAUUUCCUCUGCUCAGGAGAGGUUGAUUUCAGCUGUCUGUCUAAGGAGGAUGUUGCAGAUGUGGAAUCUUCCCUGCUCAUCAGCAAAGUUGAAGAUGCAGCAGACAUACAGUCUCUGAUGUUGUGGGCUGAUGAAAUUGUCACCUGUGGAUACACAAACCAGAUAAAGAUGGAUAGUAAGGAAAGCAUGAUACGUGCCAUUGUCUUACACUCUACAACAAGACUGAUUCCAAUGCUACAGCAGCUCAGAAAGGGCAUGGAACUGUAUGGUCUUGUGAACCUGAUGGCUGUAAAUCCUGAAGCUUGCCACAGUUUGUUUGUGCCUGGGAAAAUCCUCAAACCAGACGCUGAUUUCAUUAUGAUGAGCUGCCAACCACAUUUCAGUGAAAAGGGGACAUCUAGGGAGAGAACUGAGAGGAAGAUCAUAAAUUUUUGCAAGAUUUCUUGCAGGAGAUUGAAGCAUCAGAUGGAAACACAGGCGGUGCAGGUGGUGAAAAAUCAGAGUCUCUUGCUGUCCAGCAUGUGCUCCAGUGGAUGACCGGCCAGUCCCAUGUUCCCAUCCUUCCUGAUGAAAAGAGACAUUUCAAAAUAACAUGCAAGUUUGACC